AUGCAUGGCGAAAACGAACAAACAUUAAAAAGACGUAGAACUCAUUCGAAUUUACAAGACAAUGAGGAAAAAUCUACACUAGGUCCAGAAUCCAAUGGCGUCUCUGGCGACGAAGCACAAAUGGCCGACUUGAAAAAAUCGCUUGAGGACCGCCAUAAUAAUAACAUUGAACUAACCGAAGGGGAUGUUUAUACUCAACUGUCAAACACAGAACAUGAUUUGGCACUGGCUAAGGACAUAGGAGAAGCUUUGUUGGCAGAAAAUAUCGAACUCCGAGAGAAAUAUGAAAGCUUGCUUGACGAACAUGCUACCCAGGUCGAGGUAAGAUGUGUUGCUAUGGUUUGUGUCUGAACUAUAUUUGACAAAGAUUAUACUUCAAUUGAUUCGGCAAUUCAAUAUACGUGACCUUUAUAACGUAUACAUUCAUACUGUCCACAACUGCCUUUUUCUUUACUUAAAAAUCCUCCUAUUCUGUCCUGGGAUAGUGUAAUUCAUGAAUUAAGUUAUCCUGGAGAAGUAAAACGGAUCUAUUGAAGACCAAAGCAGUUGAAUGCAGUGCUAAAUUAUUGCAUAAAUUUCAAUCGAUCUAAAGGAUUAUAGGUCAAUUAAUUUCAGCUGUUGUUUGUUGGGCCAGGGGUCACGUCUAUGUCGUGUUUAUAAGCUCAUAUUAUAAACAGUUACGGUACUUCACCUUUGCCGUAUAGCAAGACUAAUUUAAUUUCGACGUGUCGACCGAAGAAGAUUAAUGAUUAGGUGGAAAGAAUACUCGUAGAAUUCUACCGGACUGAACGGCACGCUUGAAGAUUAUAGUUAGUCACAAAAUUAUUUGGUUUAUCACCAGAUCUCCAGAUUUCAAUAGAAAACAUAAACUUGUAGAAGUUGCGGGCGGAAUAAAGAAGUUAAAAAGAUAUUAUUUGUCGGGUUGCAACUGAGACUUACAUGCAAUUAACGAGCCAUAAAACAGGAAAUUGGAACAAUGAGAUUAUGUUAGCUUGUAAUUAUAAUGCUUAAUGAACAUUCUAUGUGGGCGUAUUGUCCUAUUAUGACCAGGGCCGCUAGAGGGGGGUCCUGUGACGGCAUAAUUGUAAAACCGAAGAAGGGGUGUUUUGCAGCACGUUGCACUUUAUUGCAUAUUAUCCGACACUAAAGCCCUGGGCAAACUAGGAAACAUUGUUGCGGAAACAUUUGUGAUCUCGAUGUUUCCUCAAAUGUUUCCAUGUUUUAUUGUGUUGUGUAAUGUACUCAGGUGAAUAUGAUACUUGUGAUGUUACUCUGAGUGUAGUAUAUCCACACCGGGCAAGCUUGAAAAAUAUGCCGGUGGAAAUAUUGUUGCGGAAACAAAAUUUGCUUCCCCGGAAGCAAAAAUGUUUCCUACCAACUUCAGAAACAUUUGAUGUUUCCCUAUGUUUCUCACUAAUGUUUCAUAGUGUUUGCCCACUCUGGGAAACAUGGCGAAACAUUGGCAGGAAACAAUGUUUCCGCAACCAUGUUUCCUAGUUUGCCCAGGGCUUAACGCAGCUAGGAUUUAUAUUCUCAGUUACGCAAUCUUUUAUCAAGCAAUUUUAAGAGCCUUUCUUGCUUUGGUUGAACCUCUCAAGCCAGAGAGCCUGGCUUGCCAGGUUGGCUUUGGUGGCCCCUUUGUUGCCUGUGGCAAAGGCCCCCUACCUCUAUAGGAAACCUAACUACUAAACUAACUUUAUGUAUAGUGGAUAGCUCGAUCAGUACUAAACUGUUCUUCCUAGAGAUCCAGUAAGAAUCAUCUCUUAUUGAUCCAGUGGUACUACAGUAGGAAACCUAAACUAAACUAACUUUAUUUAUACUGGAUAGCUCUAUCAGUUCUAAACUGUUCUCCCUAGAGGUCCAGUAAAAUCAUCUCUUAUUGAUCCAGUGGUACUACAGUACUGACAGGAGGAAACCUAAACUAAACUAACUUUAUUUAUACUGGAUAGCUCUAUCAGUUCUAAACUGUUCUUCCUAAAGGUCCAGUAAGGAUCAUCUGUUAUUGAUCCAGUGUUACUACAGGAAGAAACCUAAACUAAACUAACUUUAUUUAUGCUGGAUAGCCCUCUCAGUUCUAAACUGUUCUCCCUAGAGGUCCAGUAAGGAUCAUCUCUUAUUAUUCCAGUGUCACAACAGUAGGAAACGUGUAAACUGUAUAAUCUAAUCCUAGUAAACUAAACUAACUUUAUUUAUGCUGGAUAGCCCUCUCAGUUCUAAACUGUUCUCCCUAGAGGUCCAGUAAGGAUCAUCUCUUAUUAUUCCAGUGUCACAACAGUAGGAAACGUGUAAACUGUAUAAUCUAAUCCUAGGUUCUUCAACAAGAGAAGCACGAUCUUCAACUCAGACGAAAACGAGUGGAAAGCAUACAAGAGGAAAAGAUACGAGAAUUAAAUGUUGAUUUGGAAAAUCUUCAAAAUAAACUCAAUGUUUUUGAGGAGACAUCACUUGAUGAUAAAGAAGCGAGGAGAGAGAGUGUUUAUGAACUUAUUGAGGAAAAUUCCAAACUGAAUUCUGAAUUGAAUAAGGUGAGA